AUGCCCCCGGCAGCUUCGGACGAUCUAUUCCAGCAGCAGAGCCGGUCCGUCGGUGACCCUAGCCCGCCCCUUGAGGAUUUGAAUUCAACGCCCCCUGAGAAUGAUCAAGGCGGAAAGAAGAAAAAAGGAAAGUCCGGAUCCAAGGGGAAGACAAAAGCAGCUAAAGCCGCGGCGAAGUCACCGCCAGAGGACCUGAUACAAGCUUCACCGCCUCUGCACGCUGAACCGUCGUCAUGCCCAAAUCCCACGUUGGUUUCUCACCGUCCCAACGCUGUGACAUCACCAGUUCUGGAUGCGCUUGGCUGUCUUGGUGACUCACCCGAGAACGAUCUAGCUUAUCGUACGGAUAAUUGGGCAAAGGCUAUUCCGUUCGGAAAGAGCCCACCCAAUGACGUUAGCGACGGUGAAAUCGCUAAUGGAUCCCCAUUCGGUUUCCCGUCUAACCCAGAUAAGGCCGGCUUCAGUCACCCCUCCUCAACAUCUCCUCCCCCUAGGGCAAGACCUUUGAGCUAUGGAAAUGGCUAUCUGGGAAGUGACCUGUCGAGACAGCAGUCCGUGGAUAGGCACAACAAGAGUUACUCCGUCAGCGGCCCGUUCAGUAACCCAAUACCAUUGCCGCAUAAGCCCCAGGCCCAUUUCUAUGGCGCACCGGAAAUCGACCUACCGCUUCUCGCUGGUCAGACCAAGCAGUCGGUAAAUGAAAAUUACUCUUUCUGUGCCUUCGAUACGAUCUACAGUCCUUCGGCCAAGUCCUCAAGAAUGGGAACCAGCGUCCUCGUCGUGGGUAUGGAUGGUUCGCUUGAAGUUCUGGCAGUAGAGGAUCGUAAAACGCGACUUGUUGGAAAGCUGGCUGGUCUCAACGGCCGAGUAAUUGACGCCAAAAUCCUGGCCUGCAACUCACCCAGUGAUUCGUUCGCACCAUCUAGGCCGCACGUCGCUAUAGUUAUGCACGGCCCCUGUGGACUCCCCGACGACGAAACCCGCAGCUCGUCUGUAGGCUCGGAUGUGAACGAGAUUCCUGCCGCUUCCAUUGGGCGCUCUCCUGGUGAGAGGCGCUCGGCGAAAGACGAUACCAGAUUUUACCAAACACGCGUCGAGAUUUAUUCCCUCCGAACAGGAGAUCACAUCAGCACUCUGUUUACAAUGAAACCUUCUCCAUACUUCGAGAAUAUCCCUGGGCUCUCUGCAGUUGCGCCUUCGCCUGCUGGAAAUUUGAAGCUCUUGGCGGGUGGUAAUUAUGUUGUCCUGGCAUCUGGAGCUAGCGGCGAGGUCUUCAUCUACAGCAUGAAUGGGUAUCAGUGCUUGGGUAAAAUAUGGACCAGUAUUCGCUCCCGGGAAGCUCGACGUUAUUCGACCUCUUCAAGCUCCACGGAUCCGGAUGGAUCUCGAACUGACUCUCCACCUGGUUUUGCCAAUAGCGACACCCCAAUUGUUGCGCUGAGGGGAAGAUGGCUUGCAAUAGUCCCACCAUCGUCCACGUACAGGGUGUCACUUCCCGGAACGGUUCCCUCGUCAUUGAUUCAGGGUAAAGUCUUUGGUCUAGACAGUCGUAAUCCGCCUGCAAGGCCCGCGAUAACAUGCGCCACAGACGUUGGAGAGGGCCCGAGUUUCUUUGACAAGGUUGCCCGAGGCGUGACGCAGGAGCUUGUGCGAGGCGCACGGUGGAUGGGGGACCAGGGUCUUCAGGCAUGGAAUAAUUAUUGGAACAAAGACCAGCUACAAAAUUCCACCCCGCGCCGGUCUCUUAAUUCAGGAGACCUUCCACCGCCAGGUUACAACGCGUUCCCACCCACGCAUGCCCAAGACACUAACGCUACCACACCCGCGGAGCCUGACCUUGUAUCAAUCAUGGACCUGAAAAGGCUGGAAGACGGGAGUGAGACAAAAAGCGCCCUGUUUAAUCCCGUUGCCACGUUCCAGCCUCCCGAAGGCUGUAGUUUCCUCUCCUUUUCACCCAACGGACUAAUGAUGCUUACGGCGAGCACAAACGGGGAUGUUCAACAUGUCUGGGAUCUCAUGCAGGCCAAGUACUGCCGAGCUGGGACCUUUUUGUCAGAGGACUUGGUAGCUCCAUGUGCAAACGUGCGCCAAAUUGCGCGGUACACACGGUUGACAAAGUCUUAUAUUGUCGACGUGAUCUGGUGCCCUCCCUCUGGGGAUCGACUGGCUGUCAUUACUCGUAAAGGGACCGUACAUGUGUUCGAUCUCCCGCGGAGCGCUUUCCAAUGGCCUCCAUUCCGCCGAGCUCGCCCAGCACCUAGUAAAACACCGGCAAUUGAACCGCCAACUGAUGAGUUGUCGGAUAAAGCCGCACCUGUGAAUCCUCUGUCAGCGGCAUUUAAGCUCGUAGGAGGCAAGACACAACCCAUACUUGCAGCGGUGAGAGGUCGUACUGCAAGUGCUGGUGGCGCGUUUCCCGCCGUAGGCGGAUUUUCGUCGUCUGCUGGUGUUCGGGGCGGGAAGGCAGUUGCUGCUGGUCUCAGCAAGUCUAUGGGAGCAGCCACCGGAACGGUCAACACCCUCCGCCACGCUGGUGAGAACCGCUUGCAUGGGCUAGCCCGUGACCCAGCCGCAUCCCGGGUGACUUGGAUUACCAGUAAGGGCCAGCCAUUCUUGGGCUUGGUGGAGAGCGGGCACUUCCGGCUCUAUAGGGUUCGUCGUGCUAUGUCUACCCAUAAGAAUCGACAGCUCCAAUCCGUGGUGGGAGGUAAGGAAAUUGAAUUUCGAUUGCCCCCUAACUUGCACACUCCCUGCGGCCCCUUGCCUGUGACCACAUUCAACCCGGAGACGGCCGUCCAUGCAUCGCUGGCGUUGCCGUCUUCCAACCCACGGCCGUCUCCGGCAUCUAAACUCAAAUGUCAGCCUCUCUCCCAGGCGGAGAUCGAGACAAACGCACCUUACCAGCCUUUCCAUACGGACCAGCGGGUCAGCCUAUACGUGUACCCCGAAACCGGUAGCGUUGAUGAUUCCAUGACCAUUCCUACCGGCCAAUGGGUGUUUGGUGAGAGCUUGCCGAUGACCCGAAUCCACGUGCGCCCCUUCAGCGCCGGUGGUGAUGACGACGAGACGCUACACGAACAUCAACUGGGUUCUGGCGGCGAAAUGGAGAACCUUAUCAGUCUUGGCAACAGCACAGGCCAUCCUGAGGAGGUUGUGAUCACCACUCGCCGGAAGAAGAGGCAUGCCUCGUCGUUUCCUUCGACUGGUUCUGGGGGCGAUGAUGGCUUUUUCGAGGAUGAUUGUGACUUCCUGGACUUCGCCAGAGAUCGAGUUUAA